AAUAAUAAUUGGGAAAAAAAAAUCGACCGAGAGAGAGAGAGUAGGAGACGAGAGUGCUCGGCGGAAGAAAAGCGAGCAGAAAGCGAGGGCGUGGGAAAGGGGAAAGCGGUAUCCGAGGAAAGCGAAGUGAGAAAAGAGGCCGGGCUCGGGGCGGAGACUAGCAGGAGCGAUUCCGGAUCCACAUUGAUAUUCCGAUCCAGGGAAAGGUUCUUCUCAUAUUCUCACAUUGUAUGUUCAACUGGAAGAUGGAAAUGAAUUGAUUACUGGCAACUAGUGACUAAAGGAGUCUACCUCCACUAAAUUUUAUAUGGAGUGUCUUAUUGGUAAAGCAAUUCUCCAGUUUCUUUUACUUGCCAUUUGGACUUGCUGUUUCCAAGAUGUGGUGUCACAGAAGACAGAAUUUAAGCCAAAGCCUCGAGUCCCUGACAAACUUGUGUUGUCCGAUCCACCCAUGGGACUCUUUGGUCCCAUAGAGAUUUCUCCUGCUGUUGUUCCACACAAUCCUUAUCCUGUUGAGCCAUUAUCACCUAUGUACCCAUCCUUUCCGAGCACUUAUGAACCAAAUUUGACUGGGAAAUGUCCUGUCAAUUUUUCUUCAGCAUUGGAUGUCAUAGACAAGACAGCAUCAGACUGCUCUGCACCUUUAGCAGCACUAGUAGGGAACGUUAUUUGUUGUCCCCAGGUUAAUAGUUUGAUGCAUAUUUUUCAAGGUUCUUACAGUAAUGAUCCCAACAUGCUCGUCUUCCAGCAAGCUGCAGCUAAUUAUUGUUUCACGGAUCUGAUUAGUAUAUUGGCCAGCAGAGGGGCAAAUAACACUAUUCCCACUCUUUGCUCAGUCAAGUCCUCAAAUCUUACUGGUGGUUCAUGUCCUGUUAAGGAUCUUGCAACUUUUGAGAAAAUAGUAAAUACAAGCAAAUUACUUGACUCAUGUAGGACAGUCGAUUCUCUUAAAGAGUGUUGUAGGCCAGUAUGCCAACCUGCAAUCAUGGAAGCUGCACUUCAGACUUCACAAAGAGGAGCCAGCAUGCUUGAUAGUUCUAGAAUACCUGGGAUUGCUGGUGGCUUUAAUGUGGUCAAUGACUGUAAAGGAGUGGUAUAUGCUUGGCUAUCUCGAAAGCUCUCAACAGAGGAUGCCAACACUGCAUUCCGUAUUUUAUCUGGCUGCAAAGUUAAUAAAGUUUGUCCUUUGGAAUUUGAAGAGCCUUCAGCAAUAGUCAAUGCUUGUCAUGGUUCGGCUCCCACUCUUUCAUGUUGCAGUUCCUUGAACACAUAUAUUGGAUCAAUUCAGAAGCAGAUGCUCAUAACAAAUAGGCAAGCCAUCAAUUGUGCUACAUUGUUUGGAUCAAUGUUACAGAAAGGUGGGGUUACAGCAAAUAUCUAUGAGCUUUGCAAAAUUGAUCUGAAAGACUUUAGCCUUCAGUCAUACAGUCAACAAGGGUGUUUGCUGCGCAGCUUCCCAGCAGAUAUUGUGUUCGACAAUGUCACAGGCUUUAGUUUUACAUGUGAUUUAAGUGACAAUAUAGCUGCUCCAUGGCCUUCCUCAUCAUCUCUUUCAUCCUUGUCCCUUUGUGCACCUGAGAUGUCAUUGCCUGCACUGCCAGUACCACAAACUUCUGUAAACUCAGGUAGCUACGAAAUUGCAAGAACCUUAGUCACCGUUGGGUACAUCAUUGCCAGCUUAGUGCUAUGAUCAUGGUCUUCCAAAUCUAAAUCAAGGUUGAUCUAGAUGUCUGGAAACCACUCAGAUCAGGUGAGUCGGUAUCCAUGUUUCGCGACUCAUUUUGGAGGAAACGAUUUAACUUGUGCGUUGGAGUGAUGCAUUCUGGAGCAGUAGGUCUCGGGGGUAAGAAAACAAUGUAGAAGAGAUCUACGGCUGGGAACUCCGGGAGUGGUACACCACCCAACGAAGCAAUACCAAUUCGCCAUGUGAAUAGUGGAUGCAAUAUUUGUAUUUCAAUUGGGUUUUGUUCUCUUCUUUUUCUUUGCUUCAUGUCUUUUUCUGGUGUAUGUGACGACGGGCAUGGUUAAGCUUGUCGAGGCGUUGGUGAUUGGUGGUCGCUUGGCAUGACUCCAAGUUUUGUACUUCUGGACUUCGAUUCAAUCUGAUGAGCAUUCCAUGUUGGCAAUUUGCUCUAAACGGUUUUGGUGUUU